AUGGCCCCCGCGCCCGCGCCGCUCCGGCUGCUCUCUCCAGCCGCUGCCGAGGAAACUGACGGAGCUGGAGCGCGGCGGCUGGGCUCGGAGCCCGGCGAGUCAGCUGAUCCAGCCCGCCCCGUUCGGCACCCGAGAGGGACCCCUAGCGGAGCCGCCGGGGAGCUGCGCGCGCUCGGGCCGGGAGGGGCCCGCGCCCCCGGCGCCCACAGGUGCGGCGGCCUCCGCUCCUGCGCGCCCCGCCCCGGCCGCCGGCCGCCGGCCCCCGGGGCCUCCGCGAGCCGGAGCGAGAGUCUGGGGCCGGGAGAGGACCGGUGCAGGAUCAGGGAAAGAUGGAAAGGCUUGGAAAGGCUGCUUGGCAGAGGUGCUGAGAGGAUUUCACAGGACAGGCUGCCUCCUGCAGAAUGGAGGGGAAGAGGAAUAACUUCCCAGAGUACCUGCCAGAAACCACAGCUCGCGGUGGCCUGGGGCCAUUGCCAGCCCCUAGAGGUGACAGACUUUGAAGCUGAGGGAUGUUCUGCUGCAAGAUUCCUUGAGAUUAUCUGCAUGGAAAAUCAUGUUUUCUCGGUCCUGUCAGCCUUAGGUGUGGAUGAAGAUCUUCUCUGCUUCCUCUGUGUUUACCUGGUAAGAGCCCCAGGCUGGCUGCUUCCUCUGAUUACACUCAGCUAAGCCAUUUCACCUCCCAGGAUGUCAGCAUUCCUGCCUCUGAGAUAACAUGUUCAAUCUUAAUGACCUAUACGGUUGCUCUUAGGAUAAUGUGACCUGACAGUUGCAUUUGAUAAAU